UUACCAAUAGAACACGAUCGGUCAUUAUAACAUGACCUCAGAAAAACCGUUCAGAUCACAUUUAUGUCUAUAAUGAGGUCGGCGGAAUCGUCGUCGAAAACACCAUCACUCGUUCAUUAGCAUUCGGAAGAUCUGAGCCCAGCCGGCAUCUCGCUUUAGGCCAGUCACUUUCUGCACGGAGUCCGCGAGUGUAAUGGCGAAUCAACCAGCUCAAAUCAUUCGUCUAUUCCUCGUACUUUCUGUUGGAGUUGCGAUUAUAUCUGGUAAUUCUGAGGUGAGCACGACAUUGGAUCGACUUUUGAGCGGUUACGACAAACGCGUUCGCCCGCAGUUUCGUUUCGACCCAGAUGUCGUCCAAACCACAGCCAUCAUUCACGACAUCGUCCCUCACGACGACAGUAGAACAGUAACCUUGAGUGUCACCCUCACGGAGACUUGGGAUGACCAACGCCUCGUUGACGCAGCCAGCUUUCGCGAGAUCGCCAUAAAGGAACUUUAUGAACGCCUUUGGCUACCAGACACCAUGUUCCAUGGCGCGAAGGAUGUCAAGAACACUGCAGGUUUCACUGUGAUGCUCAGGACUACCGGCAGCGUGUCUGUGACAAGAAGGUUGGUCGUGACCAUGAAAUAUAAAACAUACUCGGGGUCAUUUCCGCUGGUCAGUGACAUAUGUAAGCUUCGGAUACGAUCGGAAUCGUAUCCGGAAGACCAAAUACGUCUAAACUGGACAUCGGAGGCAGUGCAAUGGGAUCCUGAAAUAGAGCUUCCUGGGUAUACGCUGGAGAAUAAACUGGUUUCUCAAGAAACUGUAGAGACUAUGUUAGGGGAGAGCUUCUCUGAGCUACACUUCUCGUUCGUCAUCAAACAUCAGUACUCCGCGCUCAUUCUUUGUCUUGUGGGACCGAUGGUCUUCGUCCUCCUGUCUUUUGCCUCGUUCUGGGUGUCAAGACACGCCCUCUUUGGACGUUUCUGUUACCUUGUUGUGCUCAGCAUUAUGCAGUGUACUCACGCUGUGGUGAUGUUCAGCAGGUCCGCCACAGGAAUUUCUACCAUAACAUCUCUGGAUGUUUGGGAAGGUGUUUGCGCUCUUUUCCUCUUGGGGGCACUGCUAGAGAAUUUGGUAAUUUCGCAUCUGCUUUCAAGACAUGGACUAUCAACAAUAGAAAGUACUUCUACUGAUAAGGAGAAAGAGGGAAACACAGAAACGAACAAGACGAACAAAGGAGGUGGCGCCAUGGACAAACUACUCCGCAGAAUAGACAUCAUUUCUCGAAUUGCAUUCCCGGCGGUCUUCAUUUCUUUUACAGCAAUUUUCUGGGUGACACGUAUUUUACAGUGAUCCAACAUGAACAUUUCCAAAUCAGCCGAAUAAUAUGACAGCCUAUACCCUUCACUUUUUUUCACCUGUCACCUCGGGAAAAUCAAGAACACAUGUAAAAUACUUCGAGAUCUAAAAGACUCGUGAUAGCAAAAGAAAUGUAUCACAUCCGUGCCUUUCAAAUAAAAAUACAUCAAAGAUUGAUUCCUCAGACUGUUCUUGACUUUAGGACCACCCAACUCUAUAUAAUAUAUGAUGUACAUGUACAUGCACAUGUACAUAUCAAAUACGCAGAUUAUGUACGUGUAUAGAGUAAACCAGAACAAUGACUUA